GCCAGGAUCAGGCUACCACGUUCAAGAAAGCUUUCGUACUUGAUCUCAAUUGCAGCUACCAGUUGUUCGCAUUGUUACACCUGAACCCUAGCAAGGGGGCCUCAAUUAGAAAUCAGCAGAGGAAGCUGUGAAAAGCCAGCAACAAGGAGCGGGAGAUGAGGCUCUGCUGUGCGACCAGUUUCGUGCCUUUUGGUUGCCUUGUCAUCGAACCCUUAGAUGGAAAUCCUAUCACAAGAACGUGAGGGCCUGGCCCUUUCGUAGUCUCCUCACUCAAAUAUUGAGGUAUAUGUACCCUUCUCAUCUCCGACCCUACUUCACCAUUUGUUGCUAAAUAUCCAUCCAUGACCACAGGUCAUUUGUUCCUUACCACGUCAUUUGGGAUUGACUCCUGGGAUUCUAUUUUGGCUCUCGUCUAGGACAAGUCAUACCGAAUUGUACUUAGCUCCUUUCCAACACUACUUGAUUAUUCUUAUAACAUAUCAAGAUGCACGGGUACAGCUCAUCAGAGGAGUCCGACGACCCUCGUCGCCCUCGGGCCCCGGCUUCCAACAACAACGACCAGAAGAAGAAGAAAAAGAAGAAACUCCCGCCUCAAAAGAGCAUCAACCGCAUCUGGAAGAAGUUCUCCAAGCGCAAGUUUCACAAGGCUCUCGCCGUCCUCCCAUUCGACCCUGUGCAACCACCUGCUACCUACCAUUCCAAAGAGCUCUUAUCGGCCGGUUACGAGCGAGCCGUUGAGGAAUGUCGACGCAAGGUUGAGAAGAUCAUCAAAGAAUGCAAGCGAGUGAAUAUGCGAUAUCGUGAUCCUGGUUGGGAUUUGGAUUGGGAUCUCAAGUAUGAGAAG